GUUUUGUGUUACAGGCACACAUGGCAUUCAGGGAUGUGGCCGUGGAUUUCACCCAGGAGGAGUGGAGGCUGCUGAGCCCUGCUCAGAGGACUCUGUACAGGGAGGUGAUGCUGGAGAACUACAGCAACCUGCUCUCACUGGGAAUUCCACUUUCUAAACCAAAACUCAUUACCCAGCUGGAGCAAGGAAAAGAGACUUGGAGAGAGGAGAGAAACUGUCCACCAGCCACUUGUCCAGAACCAAAGCCAGAACUCCACCUUGGUCCUUUCUUCCCUCCGGAUUUGUCCAGUCAGAAAUUCCCCGUGCAGCAUGUGCUGUGUAAUCAUCCCCCCUGGAUCUUUACAUGCUUGUGCACAGAAAGUCACAUCCAGCCAGGGGAUCCACACCCCGGGGACGAGGAGAAGCAGCAACAAGCCUCCGAUAGAAGUUCCUGGAGUGAUAGAGCACAAGGUCAAGAGAGACAAGGUGCCAAGCCUUUGUUUGGAAGGACAAAGAAAAGGACUCUGGGAGUGUUCUCCAGGCUACCCCAAAAGCAGCCAGUCAGCUCGCGGAACGGCAUCAGAGGAGUGGAGAUAGAGACCACACCGGCCCAGACGGGGAACCCUGAGGAAACAGACAAAUUGUUGAAGAGGAUAGAAGUCUUAGGAUUUGGAACAGUCAACUGUGGAGAGUGUGGACUGAGCUUCAGCAAGAUGACAAACCUGCUUAGUCACCAGAGGAUACACUCAGGAGAGAAGCCUUACGUGUGCGGGGUGUGUGAGAAGGGCUUCAGUCUAAAGAAAAGCCUCGCCAGACACCAGAAGGCACACUCAGGGGAGAAACCUAUUGUGUGCAGGGAGUGUGGACGAGGUUUUAACCGGAAGUCAACACUCAUCAUACAUGAGAGAACACACUCCGGCGAGAAGCCUUAUAUGUGCAGUGAGUGCGGGCGAGGUUUCAGUCAGAAGUCAAACCUCAUCAUACACCAGAGGACACACUCAGGGGAGAAGCCUUACGUGUGCCGGGAGUGUGGCAAAGGCUUUAGUCAGAAGUCAGCUGUUGUUAGACACCAGAGGACACACUUAGAGGAGAAGACCAUCGUGUGCAGUGAUUGUGGCCUGGGCUUCAGUGACAGAUCAAAUCUCAUCUCCCACCAGAGGACACAUUCAGGGGAGAAGCCCUAUGCCUGCAAGGAGUGUGGACGAUGCUUUAGGCAAAGAACAACCCUCGUCAACCACCAGAGGACACACUCAAAGGAGAAGCCUUAUGUGUGCGGAGUGUGUGGGCAUAGCUUUAGCCAGAAUUCUACCCUCAUCUCUCACAGGCGGACACACACCGGGGAGAAGCCAUAUGUGUGUGGGGUGUGUGGGCGAGGCUUUAGUCUGAAGUCACACCUCAACAGGCACCAGAACAUACACUCAGGGGAGAAGCCCAUUGUGUGCAAGGACUGUGGACGAGGCUUCAGCCAGCAGUCAAAUCUCAUCAGACACCAGAGGACACACUCAGGGGAGAAGCCCAUGGUGUGUGAGGAGUGCGGGCGAGGCUUCAGCCAGAAGUCAAACCUCAUUGCACACCAGAGGACACACUCAGGGGAGAAGCCGUAUGUGUGCCGGGAAUGUGGGCGAGGCUUCAGCCACCAGGCAGGCCUCAUCAGGCACAAGAGGAAACACUCAAGGGAGAAGCCCUACAUGUGCAGGCAGUGUGGCCUAGGCUUUAGCAAUAAGUCGGCUUUAAUCACACAUAAGCGCGUACACUCAGAAGAGAAGUCAUGUGCAUGCAGAGAGUGUGGCCAAGGCUUUAUCCAAAAGUCACUCCUCACCUUACAUCAAAUGACACACAAAGGGGAGAAGCCAUGCAUGUGCAAGACUUAUGGGCAAGGCAUUGGCCAGAAAUCUCACCUCAACAGACACAAGAAAAUAAAGUCUGGCCACCACAGACAGCCACUGCAGCCCGAGCCUGAGGCCUAUUUGGGGCAAUCUUCUGAGCCCUUGUUCUCUCUUUGAAAGUGAAGAUGAUGGCAAGGACUAACAGUCAAAAUUUUUAUGCUUUCAUGAAUUGGAGAAGGAAAUGCAUUCCAUAAGUGGUCAGAGAACAUUUGACUUGGUUUACUUACUUCACACUAAGUCUUCUCCAUAUUUUGUGGCCUUUUGUUCUAAUAAACUUAGCUUCCUUACAAAUCUGUAA